UGAUUGCUAUUCAAUAUUUUUGAAAAUAAAAUAAAUGAUAUAAUAGAUUAAAUAUUACCACAAAUUAAAAGAAUUUUUAAACUCUUCACUCUAAUCUCAUAAGGUUCUCCAUAUUUAUCUGAAUGGAAAUUAAAUUGGUGCAACUGGUGCAUCAGACUUAGGUUCUGCUUUAGCAAAUUGCACUAAUCUCUCUAAUUUGACUCUUGGUCUUAAUGACAAUUAAAUUGGUGAUGAAGGUACAUCAGGCUUAGGUUCUGCUUUAGGAAAUUGCACUAAUCUCUCUAAUUUGACACUUUAUCUUUAAUGCAAUUAAAUUGGAGAUGAAGGUAUAUCAGGCUUAGGUUCUGCUUUAGCAAAUUGCACUAAUCUCUCUAAUUUGACUCUUGGUCUUUCUUGCAAUAAAAUUGGAGAUGAAGGUAUAUCAGUCUUAGGUUCUGCUUUAGCAAAUUGCACUAAUCUCUCUAAUUUGACUCUUAGUCUUUAUAAAAAUUAAAUUGGUGCAAUUGGUGUAUCAGACUUAGGUUCUGCUUUAGCAAAUUGCACUAAUCUCUCUAAUUUGAUACUUGUUCUAAGUGAAAACUAAAUCAAUGAAUCAUAAUAAUUGAAAGUAAAAAGCAAAUGUCUUAAAUCAAAAAGAUUAGUUGUCUAUAGAGUAUAUUUGUAUUGA